ACAUAUAUAAAUUUUCAUCUUCAGAAACAGAACCUCAUUUCAUUAUUACUGGAUUGAAACCAUCUGUUGAGAAUGCGGUUUAUAUUAGUGAUACAGUUAUUUUUCUCUAUUUACAAAAUAUUUGGGCAAGGCUUUUCUUCCGAAGAUGACACACUGGAUAAAUCGGCAUUGUUUCCAAGUACAACAUCCAGUAAACAGUUCAAUGUUUUGAGGGACAUUUUAAAUCAGGAGAGUUUGGUUCGAUUCUCUAUGGUGCAGAAAAUCCAGACUUUGGUUAUGGAUGCUAUUGAGAGUAAAAACCUUAGCAAGACUCUUGAAAUUAGACUUGGACAUGUUGUUAAGGAAUUAGGGGCUUUGAAAAUAAACGACGAUAAAAUGAAGGAAGAAAUUGCAAAGUUAAAGGCGAAAUUGGAUGUUGAAUAUCGUGGUGGUAAGAUAAUCAUCGAAGAUUCAAAUUCUCAGAGCUAUAAUUAUUCAGAAUCUGUGCUUUUGAGGGGAAACAUCACAGUUCUUCAAAAGGAAAUUAGAGUGCUGUCCUUCGAAAAUGAAGAUGUUAAAGAACAGUUGUAUGUUUUGAAGAACAAAGAAUUGGAGAGUCUUAAGAAUGAAACGUUUGAUCUAUAUCAGAAAUAUGAUGAAAUAUCAAAAGAAAUACAUGCUUUUAAAAAUAAAAGCGAAUUUUAUGAAAGAAGGAUCACUAAUUUUAACAAUCAACAGUUGUUGAUUGAAAAAGAAAUUCAGAAUCUUUCGGUAUCAUUCAAUGAAGCAAUAGAAAACAUUCGUCAAAAUGCUGCAGCUAUCCAAGAGCUGAAAGGAUCCAAGAACGCAACAGUGUGUGAAAAAGGCUGGGUUUCCUUCAAUGGUAACUGUUAUUUCUUUUCCUCAACAAAAAUGAACUUUCAUGAUGCUGCAACAUUUUGUACCAAUGCUGCUUCUGGUUCAUCUCUCCUUGAAGAUCAAAGUCCACACGAAGAGAAAUGGAUCCUUAUACAGUUUCGCUUACGGGGGCUACAUAAAAUCUGGAUUGGUGUCUCUGAUAUAUUUGAGGAAACGAAGUUUGUCCGAAUGUCCGAUGCAGAAGUAGUAACAGAUAUCAAAUGGGCAAAAGGACAGCCUGAUAAUUAUAACAAUAAUGAAAAUUGUUUGGAAAUAUAUUCUAACGGAGAAUGGAAUGACCGUAACUGUGAUGAAAGAAAUGGGUUCAUAUGUAAGCUAAACGGCAGAUGAAAUUGAUUGAAAUCAAACAAAAUGAUAGUAAAAUUUAAUGUAAAUCUAUGAGUUGUUCAAUGUGCAUCUUUCACAAAAUAUUUAAUUUAUAAACAUUAAACAAGUAUAUCUUUAUGCAUGUACUUAAAGGAAAGGAAACUAUUGAAAUAAAGGACA